AGCUGAAGUGACGCGAACUCCUUGGUUUCGACUAACUGCGCUUGCGCGCAAGAGAUUUACCAUCAUGGCGGCGUCAUUACCAGAAUUUAAGCUAAUUUUCGGCGAUUGAAAGACUUCAAAAAUAGAAACACAGAUGUGAACAUGCAUAGCGACAAGAAAAUAACCAAGGAGGACACAUGGAGACCAGCUGACCUGAGAAGACACAUCAGGGAGGAAGAACAUGGUGAUGACUAUGUUAGGAGGCGAGAUGACAAUGAGAGAAAGCACCGUGGUGGGGAAUCCAUAGAGACACGCCACAGAGACCCAGAGAAGGAGUCCAGACGAGAAAGAGACAAGCAGAGGGAAAGGGAGAGUACAAGAGAGAGAAGAGAGGAAGACGAAAAAGACAGAUAUGCAGAUCGACGGAAAGAGGGCUCACGGGAUAGGAGAAGCGAUAAGGAAAGGGAUAGAAGAGUUGAGAGGGACAGAGAGAAGACAAGGGAAAGAGAUAAGUUGGUAGAUAGAAAGAGGUACAAUGAUGAUUAUAAAGAGAUUAGAGACAGGAGGCGAGAUAGAGAAGAAAAGCAUGAAAGGGAGAGGGACAAGGAACAACACAGAGAUAAGGAGAAAGAGAGGGAAAGGAACAGAGAGAGACCCAGAGAGGAGGACAGGGACAAAAGGAGGGAAGAGAGAGACAAGGAAAGAAGGAGAGAAGAACGGGACAGAGAGCACAGGACUGAGAGGGAGAGAAGGAGACACGAGAAAAGUGGAGAAGGAGAAAGAGAUCGGAUAGAAAAACAUGAAAGAGAGAAGAGAGAGCGGCAUCGAGAGAGAGAGCGAGACAAAGAUGAAUAUGAAGACAAGAGGAACGACAAAGAAAGACGAGAGAGACAUGGAGACAGAAAGGAAGUGAAGGAGGAAAGAGAGCAGAAAGAAGAAUAUAGAAGACAUAAAGAGGAGAGAGAAAGGAGACACAAAGAGAGAGGAUAUCAUGAUGAAAAGCGAAAGCAUGACAGUGAAUCCAGGGAGCAUAGAGACUUGAAGGGAUCAAGCGAAGAGGUCAGGCAUAGUCGUGGUGGCAGAGAGCGAGGAGAAUUGGACAAACAAAAAGAGAGAAGGCACAGAGAGGAAGAGGAACCGGAAAGAAAUCAUCACAGAGACAAGACCAGCUCCAAGAAAUCAGCGUCUGACAAAAGUCACAGGCAUGAGACUAAAACUGAGGGUGUAGCAAAGGUGCACUGGUCAGCUGGUGUGAAAGAUGUAGGAGACACAGAGGAGCUUGUUGUCAAAGAUGAAGAUUUGGCUGAACAGGAAUAUGAAGAUGACUUUGAGAAACUGGAUUAUGAGGAGGAUUUUGAGGAGAUGGAUGAGAGCGCAGAUGAAGAUGAGGAAGAGGCACAGCAUCCAGAGGUGGGCGAAGAGAGGGAGGAACUUACAACACAAAGAAAAAAGGAAAUUGAAGCAAUUCAGAGAGCCAUGGAUGAAGAGAACGAGAAAGUCGGAACAGCUCAGUCCAGACAAAUUACAAGCAGAGAGGAGGAAGAUAGGUCCAGAGGAUCUGAAAAGAACCAGAGUAGAGCUUCCCAACGUGGGAAGUUUAUCGACUUUGUGGCCGCAAAGCAGCGUGAAGUUAGCAAGAAAGUUGCCACAAAACAGAAGAAACGCAGUACAGAGCUUCUUCGCUUAAUUGAUCUGGAUUUCUCGAUGACAUUCUCCCUUUUGGAUCUGCCACCUGUUAAUGAAUAUGACAUGUAUAUCAGAAGCUUUGGAACUGCAAACACUAAGCAGGCUUACGUUCAGUGUAAUGAGGAUAAUGCAGACAGAGACAUCCAGACAGAGGAGAUAGAGGUGUGUGAGAAGUGGACGCAGCAUCCUCCAGAGCACAAUGGACCCUGUGGUGAUCCGAACCUCUCCCAGGAAGCACGAGACAAAACCAUAAGUGAAAUUAACUUUGAUUCACAGCGUCUGACAGCAUUUCUGCGCUCAGCCUCACAGGUCAUGGUUGUCCUGUUGGAAGAGGAUCGGGCUGAGAGGAAAUCCCUGAGGAAGCUGAGGUCUCAAACAGACACGCUGUCUUUCAGCGAUGGAAGUUUACAGCUCAACACUAAGUUGCCUUUUCUUUAUGGUCGCAGCAUCAGCCUGGUGCACUUCUCCGAGGUCCAGAGGCACACCAUGUUGUCAGUCCACAGCCCUACAACUAAGCCCAGUGCUGUGCGUCUUGACAGCUGCACCAUCAUCUGCAUCUGGAACAUUUGGGAGCCGUCCCGACCUCAAAAAGUCCUUGUCUACGAAUCUGAGGUGCAGUGUUGUUGCUUCAGCCCUGGAAAGGCCAUAUUGGUGUUUGCAGGCACAUCAGUCGGCUCUGUGCUGCUGUGGGACCUGAGGGAGCAUUCUAGUAACCAUUACCGCUUGAAGAUAGGGGAGGAUGAGUGGAGUUUCCGACAGCCCACCUUCUCCACUGAUGCAGUGAUGGCCGGUUCAGGCCAUUUCUCAUCUGUGAUGUCUGUAGAAGUUGUCCCCUCCACUGUAGCAGGGGGGCUGAGACCAGAGGUCCCCCUUUUGGCAUCUGAGGAAGAGUCAUCAGGAUUGUCAUUCCAGCUGGCUUCUCUUGAUGAGAGCGGGGUUUUAAAUUUCUGGGUGGUAGUGGAACUCCCAAAAGCCAACGAGGCAGGCUCUCCAACAGAUCUCGGGCUCAGGCCUGGGGGCAAAGUAAAGUUACUUCACAGCUCCUCCCUCCUCACUGCUGAGAGGGUAUCACCACGAGAUGCAGUGAAAACAGGGCCGUCACAGACACUUAAUUUAAAAUUCCUUCCAACAGACUCCAAUCAUUUCUUUAUCGGCACCAAUAUGGGUCUGGUCAAUCAUGGAACGAGUCACGGUUUGAAGGCUCCACCAAAGUUUUACAGGUUUCAGGAGGCUGGAGUCCGACCUGUUGAUGUCAGCUCAAUCCACUUUUCUCCAUUCAGGCAACACCUGUUCUUGGUGGGUUGUGGGGAUGGCAGCAUCAGGCUGCAUGCAGUCAGCCAUGAGCAGCCUCUGACAGAGUGGAAGAAUAGUACAGCUGGUGAACCAGUGGUCGCACUGCAGUGGGCCCAAACCAGACCAACAGUCUUCUGUGUGAUCGAUGCAGCCUCUAACCUCCACAUAUGGGACCUACUGAAAAAUGACACCGAGCCUGUGGUCACCGAAAGCAUGAAUUCUGACAGGGUGACAGCCAUGGCUGUGUUUGGAGACUCGGGACAACAAAACACAUAUUCGGGAAUAGCACUGGCACACGAGUCAGGAAAAAUAGAAAUGCAGUAUUUCACAAGACAUUUUACUGUGCCCAUUACUGCAGAAGAGGAGAAGAUGGAGAGUAUGAUGACUGAAGCCUUCUGAAACACUGCACCUUGUAAUGCUGCAUUUAGACUGGUGUGUUUGUAUUCAUUCAAAAGAUUUACUGCAUUUUUAAACUCUGGAAGAGCAUAAAGAUCAAUUUAUAAAUCUGUUUUUGUCACAGUCACUUUGUAUAGUAUAUGUCAUAUUUAGAUUUGAUGUGUGUUGAUGACGCAUGGCUACAGAAUCUUACAUUAACAUGGGACUAUGAGAAGAAUGUGGCUAAAUACCAAAGAUCCUCUACUGGGGCCACAAUUCAUUCAAUAUCCUCCAUAAAUUCAUUAUAAGAAACAUAUAAUGUAAAUGUUUGUUGAUGUAAAUAUUUCUACCGUUUGAUUAAUGUAAAAUAUUUGUACGGAAUUAACAAGUUUAAUUUUUAUACAAUAAACUGAGUAUAUCUCUUGUUGUGUUA